AUGGAAGAACAUCUAGCACCAUAUAUUAUUCGUUUGGAGAUAUUCAACGACAUUCUGUAUCAAAUAUUAACGUCGAAAAACAAGUUAGACAAUUGUCCACAAAAGAGCUACGACGCUUACUACAAUCACACUUUAAACAAGCAAUAUAGACAAAAAAAAAAUUGGUCGUUUUCUCCUAUUCUAAUGGCAUCCGCAGAUAUUGAUCGAGGUCGAUGCUUGCGUUACAAGUCAGAUGUACAGAAGAAACCUCUUCUCCCACCUACAUCAACAGUUCCAGUUGUCGAUCAACGACAUGGCUCACCAUUGAUGUGGAUAGUUAUUUCUAUAAUACUUCUUCUUCUAUUUAUUCUUUUUCGUCGUGGUCAAGACAAAUCAGAUGAAAAUGAAGCUAAUGAUGAUCAAGAGCAGUCCAAUGAAACAAUAUCCGGAAACGGUAUGCAUCAUCGUGAACCGUCGGAAUAUCGUCUAUCAGCUUCUCAAAUAUUACCGACGAUAGCGGAAGAAAAUCCAGUAACACUUUCGCCCUCGAAUUCGAAUGCAAAGUUUACUCCGUAUGUCACAGCUAUCAAUACAAUUUCACCACCAGCAUUAGACGGAUAUGACAUGGGUCAUUUAUCAUCGACAUCUUUACGUCAACGUCAAGUACCGAAAACUGAUAGUAUCGAUGAUAUAGAUGGUUUUGUUCAAAUACCACCGAUAAAACAGGAAAAGUCAUACUCUAUGAAUAAAGAUACGUCGGAAAGUAUCGAUGAUUUAUCACCGGUGCUAAAUGAGACUGGUCAUCCAGUGAUAUUUCGAAAAUAUUGUGUCCCGCAUGAAAAUGCCAUUCGAGAUGAUUUUUCGUCAAUAGAAGAAGUCAAUCAAGCUGUCAAAGAUGUUGGUCUCCUCCGCUCGCAGCUGAUCUUUGGCAUUGAUUAUACCAUCAGUAAUUUAGAAACAGGCAAAUAUUCAUUUAAUGGCUUAUCGUUACAUCAUAUCGAAGAAGGUCUACUUAAUCCAUACCAAAGCGUUAUUACAAUCAUUGGUCGAACUCUAGAACAAUUCGAUUCUGACACCUUAAUUCCCGCAUUUGGCUUUGGUGACCGAACAACACUUGAUCGAAAAAUUUUUCCGCUACGUCCAGAUGGAUCGUAUUGUAAAGGUUUUCGUGGAGUGCUUGAUGCAUAUAAUAAGAUCACUCCUAAAGUACGCAUGUCGGGCCCAACGAAUUUUGCUCCAUUGAUCAAAGAAGCUAUCCGUAUAGUGAAAAAAACAGGACAAUAUCAUAUUCUCGUUAUCGUUGCCGAUGGUCAAGUUACUAAUGAACGUCAGACGAAAGAUGCAAUUGUUGAAGCAAGUAGUUAUCCAUUAUCAAUUGUUAUGAUUGGUGUAGGCGAUGGACCUUGGGAUGUCAUGAACGAAUUCGAUGAUUCGCUACCAGCACGACAAUUCGAUAAUUUUCAAUUUGUUAAUUAUAAUAGUGUUAUUCAAGCAUCUAAUGAUGCUGAUUCGGAUUUUGCUCUUCAUGCACUUAUGGAAAUACCGUCACAAUAUGCAGCCAUCAAAAGACUUGGUCUACUUAACGAUAGUUAG